AUGCAGCCUUCGAUCUCGGACGAUAGCUCGGACAGCAGCUUUCCCAGCACUUCCAUCAUCAUCGUUACAGUCGGAUUAAUCGUCCUUGUGGGUCUCGUUAUUCUUCUGGUUGUGCUACGGCGUGGCAGGUCCGACCCUGGUCAGAGUGAAUGUAAUGUCCAUCAACCGCCUGAAAACUCGCGCUUUUGCAUGAAACGCACGACGUUUGCCGUUCCGGAGGCAGGACAUAGUGACCACGUGGAAAUUGACUCGAGCGGGUCGGUCGUUCCUGUGCUGGGCGACAACGCUCUUCACCGCAAGAUUGAGGAGGCCAAUCAGCACGAGCUCAAACCUUCCUGGGCUGAAGCCAGCUCGUACAGUGUCGCUCCUCUCAGCAGCAGACAUACGCGACCAGCGGUGCCGAUGCUUAUCUAUACGCCAGCUCGAGGGCGUGGGCUGACUGAUAGCCACCCAGCCAGCGACUACAGUCAAAGUUCGCACACAGACGACUAUUCUAUCGGCAUGCUCGAGUCGCCAGUCUCUACGGAAUACAGCUUCGGCUCCGAAGCCGAUGAUGUGUUCUUGUCCACACAUUGGGACGAAGUUGACUCGUACAGAAGUAUGGAUUAUACCUUCUUGUCGACGACGUCAUCGGACGUAUUUGGCUCAAAUCGGGCUAGGAACGGGGGCGCUUGGAAGCAAGUGUAUGGCCCGAACGACACACCUCCCGGUCAGACGCGUCUGUCUACGGGUGCUCUGUUUGUGCGGACUAUUGACCCGACCGAGCUAAGAAGGAUGCGUCUCGACACUCGUGCCUACGGAACACGAAGCAACCGAAUGCGCUUCGACGUCGAAGUGUAG